AUGUGGACGGCCUCCCAGUCCCUCCCCCUCCUCUUGGCUCCCAAUGCCGCCAUUUCUCUGCUUGACAAGUGUCACACGUUGUCGGAGCUCCGCCAAGUCCACGCCCGCCUCGUCAAAUCCGGCCUCGCCUCCAACCCCCGCGUCCUCCGCCGCCUCCUCCUCUGCCGCGCCCGCUCCCCCAACGUUUCCUUCCUCUCCGACUCCAAUAACGUCCACGAGUGCUUUCUCCUCUACUCCCGAAUGCUCUCUCGCCUCGACGACCUCCACGGCGUCGAAUUCUCCCUCCCUUCGCUCCUCAAGACGUGCGGGAAGUCGUCGUCGUUCUUCCAAGGCCGGCAGCUCCACGCGCAGGUAUUGAAGACCCACUUCCAAUCCGAUCCGUUUGUGUUCAACUCGAUUCUGAGAAUGUAUUUGGAUUUCAAUGAACUGGAGACCGCGAGACAGGUGUUUGAUAGAAUGAAUCAAAGAGAUGUGAUCUCUUGGAACUCGAUGAUUGCCGGAUGUUUGAAAGCUGGGGAUGUCGACCUGGCUUUGGCGCUUUUCGAUGAAAUGCCUCAAAAGGAUAUAAUCUCAUGGAAUUCAAUGAUUGAUGGGCUUAUGAAGUGUGAAAGAUGCGAUCUUGCUGAGAAAUUGUUUGAGAGUAUGGCCCAAAGGGAUGUUGUUACAUGGACGGCUAUGGUUUCUGGAUAUGUGCUUAAUGGCCAUUCAGACGAAGCUCUGGAACUGUUUAGAAGAAUGUUGGACGCUGGUGUGCAACCGGAUGCCACUGCCAUUGUGAAUGUGCUCGCGGCUAUUGCUGACUUGGGAUUUUGUGAUGAAGGCAAAUGGGUUCAUGCUUAUGUUUGUCGCAGUAACAUUAAGUUAGUCUCUGGGGUUCUUGGAUCGGCUUUGAUCGAUAUGUACUCCAAGUGUGGGCUUAUAGACAAUGCUUUAUCUGUCUUUAGAAGCAUAUGCCAUGAGAGGCAGGUAGGAGACUGGAAUUCAAUGAUUUCUGGCCUUGCGAUUCAUGGUCUUGGUCGACAAGCGAUAGAGAUCUUUGAUGAGAUGCAGAGGAUAGGAGUUGAGCCCAAUGAUAUCUCCUUUUUGGGGCUAUUAAAGGCCUGCAGCCAUAGUGGUAUGAUCGAGGAGGGUUGGCUCUAUUUCAAGCUCAUGCAAGAAAGAUAUAGAAUGGAGCCUGGGAUACAACACUAUGGCUGUUUGAUUGAUCUUCUUAGCCGAUCUGGAUUAUUAGAGGAGGCACAGAGAGUCAUCGAGGAUUUGCCAAUGGAACCUGAUGUUGUGGUGUGGAAAUCUAUACUUAGUUCUUGUGUGAGGCAUGGUCAUGUUGAUAUUGGUGAACAUGCCGCCAUGCGAGUGAUAGAAUUGGCUCCACAUGAUUCUAGUUGCUAUACUCUUCUUUCGAACAUGUAUGCAAAGUUUGGGCAAUGGGAAGAUGUUGAGAGAGUUAGAGCAUUGAUGAAAGAAAGAGGUGUCAAAAAGAUCCCAGGUUGCAGCUGUAUAAUGGUUAAAGGGGAAGUUCAUGAGUUCCUGGUGGGGAAAGAAAUGGGUGUUGGACGAAGGGAGGUGGUUCAUUCCAAGCUAGAGGAGGUGAUCCAUAGAUUAAAGUUGCAAGGUUAUGAGCCAGAUCUGAGCCAAGUCCUUGUGGAUGUUGAGGAGGAAGAGAAGGAGAGUUUGCUAAGUGUCCAUAGUGAAAAGAUGGCAAUUGCCUUUGGGCUUUUAAAUCUAAACAAGGGGGCACCUAUUCGUAUAGUGAAGAACCUCAGGGUGUGUGGUGAUUGCCACUCCUUCAGCAAGUUGGUUUCGAGGAUCUAUAACCAUGAGAUAAUUCUAAGGGACCAGAACAGGUUCCACCAUUUCAAAGGGGGUUCAUGCUCUUGCAAUGACUAUUGGUAA